GCGCGUGAGAUGCACUGAAUAUUGCACACAUUAGAGAGAAUGACUUGAGAAGCUUCACGAGCUCACAGCAUGUCAUCUGUAUGCUCUUACACUUGUGCUGAGAUAUCCAAUGAGCGCGUAAAAGGACCUUCUGGAACGUUGCUCAACUUUUGAAGGCGCUCCAUCAAGACAUCCUCACGGGAACAACACGCACAAGAGCACGUGGAUUCUCUGUUCUUCUUCUUUUUUCCUUUUAUUUUUUCUUCAAUUUAUCGUUGGAGAUGUUCUGGCACGAUUGUUGCCUCGUGUCUACGUUGCUGGCGGCUGUCGGUGCCAUUUUACCGGCGCUCCUGUUGCUUGUGGUUUCGCGGCUGCUGUGGGAGAUCAGGUGGAGCAUCACCCGGGAUCGGGCGUGUAAACUUCCACUCCCACGUGGCUCCAUGGGCUGGCCGCUGGUCGGAGAAACAUUCCACUGGCUUUUCCAGGGAUCCAGCUUUCAUAUCUCCAGACGUGAGAAACAUGGAAAUGUUUUUAAAACCCACCUUUUGGGCAAACCCGUUAUACGGGUGACAGGUGCUGAAAACAUCCGCAAGAUUCUCCUUGGUGAACACACGGUGGUGUGCACGCAGUGGCCCCAGAGUACACGCAUCAUCCUUGGGCCGCACACCCUGGUCAACUCGGUUGGUGACCUACACAAGAGGAAAAGAAAAAUCCUCGCAAAAGUGUUUAGCCGCAGCGCACUGGAGACGUAUCUGAUGCGCCUUCAAGAUGUCGUCAAGUCUGAAAUUGCCAAGUGGUGCACCGAGACCGGCUCUGUGGAUGUUUACGCCGCGGCCAAGUCACUCACAUUCCGCAUCGCGGUGCGCGUCCUGCUAGGUCUGCGACUGGAGGAGCAGCGCAUCGUCCACCUCUCCAAAACCUUCGAACAGCUCAUGAACAACCUCUUUUCUCUUCCCAUUGACACCCCCAUAAGUGGCUUGCGCAAGGGAAUCAGAGCCCGUGAGAUUCUGCACUCUGCCAUGGAGAAGAUCAUACAGGAGAAACUUACAAAGCAGCAAGCCAAUGAUUACUGCGAUGCUUUCGACUAUAUGCUGAGUGGUGCGAAGGAAAAUGACUAUGAACUCACAAUGCAGGAGCUCAAGGAAACUGCGGUGGAGUUAAUCUUCGCUGCACACUCUACCACUGCCAGCGCAUCAACAUCCCUCAUCAUGCAGCUGAUGCGCCAUCCAGAUGUGAGCGAGCGUGCCAGAGCGGAGCUGGAGAGCGAGGGGCUGAUUGCUGACAUGCACAGCUGUCGCUCCCAUUGCCAUGGGAAUGUCAUCAGUGAGGCAAAUGAUGCUUCUGAGAAGAAAUCAGCGGUGAAUAAAACAACGUGUUUUGAAGCAGGGGAAAAGGAGGAGGGGCGUCGCUCUAGGACCCACGUCCCUUACCUAAGCUUGGAGAAACUGAGUCAGCUUUCAUACCUGGACUGUGUGGUCAAGGAGGUGCUUCGAUUCCUCCCACCAGUGUCUGGGGGAUACAGGACAGUGCUGCAAACAUUUGAAUUGAAUGGUUAUCAGAUCCCGAAGGGCUGGAGCGUUAUGUACAGUAUUCGGGACACACACGAGACUGCAGAAGCAUAUCAGAAUCCGGAGCUUUUUAACCCGGACCGGUUUGGUGCCGAUCAAGAUGAGAGCAAAACUGACCGCUUUAGUUACGUGCCUUUUGGUGGCGGUGUGAGGAGAUGCAUUGGACGAGAACUCGCUUUGAUUGUGCUGAAAACUCUUGCCGUGGAGUUGCUUGCCACAGCAGACUGGACACUUGCGACGAAGAGUUAUCCGAGGAUGCAGACGGUGCCGAUCGUGCAUCCGGUCAAUGGAUUGCCCGUGUUUUUUAACUACAGAAACCAUGGGAUCGAGAGAAACCGGAGGGAGUCCACUCAUAUUUAGGCAAAAAACUGAUAUUAUACACUGUUUCAAGUAGAAAUCUAACAGACAAAUGCCAAAACUGCUAUUUGGAAUAAUGCAAUUUCCCUCUUGAUAUCUGUGUAAAAUGAAACUCAUUUAUCUAUUUGGAAAACAGUGGGAUGAAGUGAUGGAUUUGGACUUUAAACAAAACAGAACGCAUGCAAGUUACUUCAGUCUGAAAAACCAAGCCAUGUUGAUGUGCAUGACAUCAACUCCUUUAUAUCUUGUUCAUAGAAAAAAAGAAUAUAGGUGCAUUUCUAUCUCAACCUUGUAUUUGAUAUAUAAACAAAACAAGAUUUUGUUUUGUGAAAUGAAGUAGCAACAUUAAUAAGCUCUAUUUAUAAUUUCAAGGACUCUAGCUCCCCCAUCCCCAAGGAGAAUAGCUCAUUAAAUAUACAAAUAAAAAAACUAUUAUGCCACUUUCUUUAGUUUCUAGACUACUGUACUAUUAAAAUGACUAGAUGUCUGUACAUGCUGUUUUGGUGAACUUAAGUACUUACAGAAGUUACAUAUUGCUUUAAAUCAUAUAAAUAGGCUACUAAUGAAUAGUUAUUUGUGUUUAUUAUGAAUCUGUGUAAUCUUUAUUAUGAAUCUAUGUAAGCUGUGAAAAACUAUCCUUGUGCUGUGAACUGCAUGGGGGGAUCGGUUUAAAUACAGGGAAGGAGAAAACAAGCAGCACUUUUUCUCCCAAAUAGGAGUAUAUGUACUUGUCUUGUCAAUACGUAAGUGUGUAGUUCAUGUGCUCAUGUGUGCCUUGAUGAGUAGAUGCUCAGUAUUCAUGUUAAUAUGAUAUCUGCUUCUGUAUCUAUUUUGAAAUGUGCAUUUGGAGUUCUGUUAGUGUUUAGGAUAUCUCUGUUCAAUAAAGAGAUCUGAUGUGUUU